AGGGAAUGUUUUGUCUACCAGUUGACAGAAAUGACACUUCAUAAGGAGGUGUAGCCCACCAUGCCUGACUGAGAUUCCAUGUGUGGGAGUUCAACGCUGAUCAAUAAGUCGGAUUACAAGGCUUUCAAAUUCAGUGAGAACUUUCAGGAGAUGAGAGCAUUGAAGAGGGAUACGGAGAGAAAUUUGGAAAUUCAGCGACGAAGCAGUGAUGGAGUUGUCGAGAAGGUCCCUCAAGUUAAUGAAUUUAUGGCUUGGAGGGAUCAAGAUCAAUUGCAGGCAGCACCAUGUGCUACGAGUCCGAGUAGAACAGAAGAAAAUAAAGAAAGAAAGAAGUAUUAUACUAAAAUGAUAAUGGAGGAAGAGGACUCCGACACACCAGAGCUGGUUGCAUUUUUCCAAGAGCACAGUUAUCAGUUUGUUAAGUCGAUUUUCAUGGAUGGGGAAAUGCCUCCACUGAACAAGUGCUUGGUGGGAAAUUGUGAGAUGAACCACAAAAUGCUUAAUUCUGAUGUGGACAAGAAGAGUGAAUCAACCAAAGGAACUCUGGAGAUAAUGUCAUCCUUGUCAAAUGAGCCAAAACUUAGAAUUGAGAAUGACUCAAAUAAGGAUGUCAUCAAUAAAUAUGAAUCUAAGAACUUGAAGAUGGAAGAUGGAGAAAAUACUGAUGCAAGAGAUGUCAGAUUACUUGAUUGUUCAGUAGAGAAGAUUGUACCUGCUGAAAGGGAACUAAUUGAAAAGGUAGCAAGUAGAGAAGCAGACUUUGGGAACUCUAUGGUACAAUCUGCGAUCGAAGUAACCAUUGAUAACAACUCUCAUACAAGCAACGCCUCUUCUGAAAGUGAGGAGAGCAGAAGCAUCAGUCAUAAUUCUGAUUCACCUAUAACAACCAUAAAUGGCGAAGAGGAAUUUCAACAACAUGCAUAUUCUCAACAUUUACUUGAAGCGUUCCACGCAUCAAAGCCUCAAAAUGGCAUGUCAGAAACAAAUUCAAAUCAAGAUUCUUCUCAGCAACAUGAUCAAGAAGAAUCCAAUUUCUUACCAUUUGAACAAACACUAUAUUCAGGAAGCAUUUCUUGUCAGUCAAAUAGCAGCAAUGCAAGUUCAAGUUCUUUUAUGUUUCCCAUAUUACCCUCAGAGUGGAGUGGCAGCCCAGUGAGAAUGGCGAAAACUGACAGAAGACAAUUUAGAAAGCGAAGAAGCUGGAAGAAGUGUUUUCUAUGUAGGAAAUUCUAAGUGCAAUAUGUUCCCUUCUUGGUUAUUUAGUUGUAUAAUUGAUUCUUUCUUUUACUUAAGA